UUUGCAGCCUCUCUCUCCCAUUCAUACAGAAAGUUGGACCAAAAAAACAAAAUGAACUUUCCGUGUUCCUUCCUCUUCAUUCUUCUACUUUCUCCACACCUCGCUUUCUCUUCUCCUUCACACACCUCCCAACUGUUCGAAACGUGGUGCAAAGAACAUGGCAAAACUUACUCUUCUGAAGCUGAAAGGCUCCACAGGAUCAGAGUGUUCGAGGACAACUACAACUUCGUUAAGCAGCACAAUGAUAUGGGCAAUUCUUCUUAUACCCUCUCUCUCAAUGCCUUUGCUGAUCUCACCCACCACGAGUUCAGGGCCUCUCGCCUGGGGUUCUCAGCUGCCGGUAGGAAUUUCCAUCGGGGGCGGCCGCUUCGGGAGCAUGGUGUUGUUCGUGAGAUUCCUUCGGAGUUGGAUUGGAGGAAGAAAGGAGCAGUGACCCAUGUCAAAGAUCAAGGGAGUUGUGGUGCUUGUUGGUCAUUCUCUGCUACUGGAGCUAUUGAAGGUAUUAAUAAGGUUGUCACAGGGUCUCUUGUCAGCCUCUCCGAACAGGAGUUAGUUGAUUGUGACCAAUCUUACAAUAGUGGCUGCGAAGGUGGGCUCAUGGACUAUGCAUAUCAAUUUGUGAUAGAUAACCAUGGCAUUGACACUGAGGAAGAUUACCCUUAUCAAGGUCGGGACAGGUCCUGCAAUAAGGAAAGGUUAAAAAGGCGUGUUGUGACGAUUGAUGGUUACACUGAUGUGCCACCAAAUAAUGAGAAACAGCUACUACAAGCUGUGGCAGUGCAACCUGUGAGUGUAGGUAUAUGUGGAAGUGAGAGAGCAUUUCAGUUGUAUUCAAAGGGGAUUUUCACGGGCCCGUGUUCAACUUCUUUGGAUCAUGCUGUAUUGAUUGUAGGGUAUGGUUCAGAAAAUGGAGUUGACUAUUGGAUUACCAAGAAUUCAUGGGGAACAGGUUGGGGAAUGGACGGCUAUAUUCACAUGCUGCGUAACGGCGGCAAUUCACAAGGGCUCUGUGGUAUCAACAUGUUAGCUUCAUAUCCAACCAAAACUAGCCCAAAUCCUCCUCCCCCACCUCCCCCAGGUCCAACUAGAUGUGAUCUUUUUACUUUCUGUGGAGAAGGAGAAACCUGCUGUUGUGCAAAGCGCCUCUUCGGAAUUUGCAUUUCAUGGAAAUGUUGUGAUUUGAAUUCUGCUGUGUGCUGUAAAGACCACCUUCAUUGUUGUCCAAAUGAUUAUCCCGUUUGUGAUACAAAAAGGAACCAAUGCUUCAAGCAAAAUGGGAACAUUACAAGAAAGGAAGCACUUAAGAGCAGACCCACAUCUGGGAAGUCAGGCAGUUGGAGCUCCUUUAUUGAGGCUUGGAUUCUGUAAAGCUCUUCAGUCUUUACGAGUGAGUCAUUUUUUUCUUGCCAUAGUGUUGUAGUAUAAGUUAUAUGUUUCACCACACAAGGACCAUGAGCUCUUAUCUGCUUGCAAAGAUAUGGCAUUGUGUACACAUGAAGCCAAUUGUUUUCAAUUAUUGAAAUUGACCGAUUCAUUAGUGCCAAAAUUUGGUGUAGACUGAUGUGGUAUGCUCUGUAUGGAUGAAUUCAUGGAAGAUUGAAGCCC